AUGAAGAAAAAUUUUAAAAAUACUUAUUUAAGAAAGAAAGAAAUAAGAAAAAAUGCUAAGAAAAAAAGACAAAUUCGCUCUUUUGAAGAUGAAGAAUAAAGAUUUUCUCAUACUUUUACCUUUGAACUAUUUUCGUCCGUAUCAGUUUCUACUUAUAUGAAGAAAAAAGUUUAAUUAGAAUAUCAAUCAAUCAAUCAAUCUAUCUAUCUCUGGACGUCAUUCAAUUUUUGA